UAACUAAUUGUCCGCUUUUCCGAUGAUCGCCCAAUUAAUUGUUAUACUAACAGAAAAAAACAAUCCCAUUGAUUGACUUUAAUUCCCACAGGUUAUUUACCAUUUAACCUCUCGGAAGUAAUUAACAAACAAUUAAUUAUUCUGGUUAAUUUCCACACUUAAUUGUUAAGUCCAACUAAUCCAAUGUACAAUCAACCAUUGAAAAAAAAACAAGCCAACAUCCAGUUGAAGAAAAUUAAUUUAAUCAGAAAAAAAGAAUAGAAAACUUUGAAACCAAUUAAAUGGAAUCAGUUGGAAACUAAAUUGCGAAAAAUUUAAUUGUCAAUCACAAUUUGUGAUUCUAAUUGUUACUCACCUUACGCCCUCUUUAAUUUGUUUACUCUACUUUUCCUCGGAAAGAAAAUGAAAUGAAACCAAAACCUUAAGUCUUUUCAUUUAUUUAAUUGUUUCCAUUUAUUUUGUUUUCCAUUUUUAAUUUAAUUUAAUUACAUAGUCACUCCACUGAUUAAUCAGCAACUUAAUUAUCCAUUGAACUAAUCAAUUUAAUUCUAUAACAAGUGGUGAUACUUUUACCUGAACCAUAUCAACAUAAAUAUCUCCACGUGGGUCUGUUGAUGUUUUGUUCAAUUUGUUAAUUCGGUUCAUUGAUUUGAUUUGAUUUACAUUUUAAGUGACAAUUAUCAUCAUUGACCUUGACACUUUCACCUUUUACCUUUGAGAAAUUCGAAUGAAAAAGAAAAACAAAUGAUUAGUGUUUUCUAUCAAUUGAAGAGAUUUUAUUUCUAUACGAUCAUAUGAGAUCAUGAUGUUUGAAUGAUUUUCUCACUUAUUCUGUUGUUUGUUUGAAAGAAAAAAAUAGAUCUUCUCUUUGGGAUCCAUUUUCUUUUUCCAUUUUUACUAUAUCAUUGUUUUCAUUUCUAUCAUGUCGAGUGAAGAUGAAUUAGGUGAAGUGCUUGAUGAAUUGCUCAAUAUUCCAUCAGAACCUCAGGAAAGUCGAAAAUUAUGUGAUAAAUGUUGUAGACCAGAGAAAGUUUGUCUUUGUCCUUAUUUACCAGGUAAACCAAUACCUGUUUCGAAUAAGUUAAUUAUCCUUCAACAUCCAUCAGAGGAGAAACGAUGUCUUCGAACAGCCAAAAUUUUGGAAUUAAGUUUACCUGUUGAUAAAUUUCGCGUUAUUAAGGCUAAAAGAUUUUCCGCUCAUAAACAACCCGAAUUGGCUGAGAUUCUGAAAGAUCAUGAGAGAACAUUUCUUCUUUUCCCUGGUAAAUCAUCUCAGCCAUUGGAAACUAUUGACACACGUCAACCUUAUAACAUCGUUAUUAUCGAUGGUACUUGGGCCGAAGCUCGUUGCAUUUACCAUAAUAGUCACGACCUCAAAAAUAUGAAGAAAGUCGUACUUAAUGUUCAGAAACGAAGCAAUUAUGUUAUUCGGACUCAACCCACAGAAGAGUCUCUUUCCACUGUCGAAACGGCCGCUAUUACUCUGGCUCAUUUGGAAAACAAUCAAUCAAUUUACGAUACAUUAAUGAAGCCUUUACAAGCCUUAUGUACAUUCCAAUUAGAGCAUGGAGCUGUUCAUCACUUUUCUAAAGAAUAUCUUAUACUCAAUGGUCUUUACAAUAAGCCAAUUACUCGUAAAAUUCAAAAGAAACUUGGGAACAAACAGGAGAUCAAAUACUUUAUCCGGUGAUGGUUUUUUUCUUUCUUUUGAUUAAAUUGUUUCAUCAUCCAAUUUCAAUAUUUCUUGAUAUUAUAUAAAUAUUCUUGACUAACAAUUUAGUACCAAUUAUUUAUGAAAAUUUUCGCAUGUAACAUAAUCUCCAGUCUCUUGAUUGUAAUGGAAUCCGCAAAAUCUUGAAUCAACUAGUGGGUAAAUAAAACGUUAAGAAAUUAUCAA